UGCUGCUUAGUAGCCAAGAAACAAGAUGAAUAGUCGAGAGAAAAGUGAAAGUUUGGCAGAAGUGAACGGCACAGUGGCCUAUCAACAUCUCCUGUAGGAACACAAUUUCUCCCAGCAUUGGAAUUUACUGUCACGCAUCACUUUGACAUCCAGUUAGUCAACAAAAGGUGCAGAACACAUGAUUCAAGUCGCAGUAUCCAACGCAGAGGAAACAACUUGGUUCAAUGAAAAUUCUUGUCGUCCAAAUUGUCGAGUUUUAGCUCAACCAAUCGUGUCCUGUUGUGACCAUGAACUACACUCCCGUAGUGAUUUUCACUUUUAUCGCUUGGUUUGCCACAGCCACAAGUGAAAAUCAAACUGUUUUAGAAAUCCAAAGAAAUUCGUCAACCCGACAAGAAAUUUUAUUCGACGAGAAGAUCCGGUGCUGCAAAAGUGGGACUACAUACCUGACAGGAUUGGAUCAGUGCGUACCAAAUUUUGUCUCCAAUUUGUACAAGGAGUCGUUUCCAAAUUAUUCGUUCGAGGAUCCGAACGACGGUUUGACUGAUUGCCCGGUUGGAUACGUCAGUCACAUUACAGAGGAUUUCCAUCUGGACAACGAUACGUUAUUGGUUGGUGACAAGCGGUUGGAGUCCAAUGCAUUUUGCAUCAACAGAGUAGAAGACGAAAAUUAUUUAACAUCGCCUGGCAAAUUUGUGGCUCGUUAUUGCGUCCCUCAUCCUUGCAGUGAGUCGGUAUGCAUUCGGAAGUGUUGCCCUCCCGAAAUGGCCAUGGUCACGAAACAUUAUCAUGAUCUGUGGCCAAUUUCAAUAUGUGAGCCGCAUCCUGUACCGUUUAAUUUGUCACUUUUGCGUAACCCGAAAAAUGAAUUAAUCAACGCAAAUUCUUUUUCUACUCAUGGCGGACUCGGAAUAAAAUGCGGUAAACUUCCACGAGAUCUAAUUUUAGAUUUUUCGAUACGUCCCGACGGCCAGAUUGUUCUUCAUUUAGAAAAUCUACCCGUCGAGAAAACGGACCAGUAUUGCAUUGAAAAUAAUGUAGUUGACGGUGAAGACAUUAAACUAGUGGCUUUAGUGUGUUUUCCGGAGCAAGGAGAAGAUUCCAAAGGCGCGUUUCUAUUUGGAUGUUUGAAUCUUUUUGCCACGGUAUUUUUAGUCGCCACCUUUUUGGUUUAUUCAAUUCUGCCAAAAAUGCGCAACCUCCACGGCGUUGUCGUCAUGUGUUACUUGGCCUCCAUGACAGUCACGAACGUUUUUCAUGCCAUUCUGAUGCUCGUGAGAGGCAGCGAUAUGCCGCCCGGUCUUUGUUCAACGUUAGCAAUUUCAUUGCAUUUUGCCUAUAUCGCCAGUUUUUCUUGGCUAAACGUCUUGUGCUACGGAGUUUGGCGGAUGCUUAGUUACAUCAGUCUUCCGACUCGCACAUUCGUAUUGGGUGAGCAGUUUUUCUAUUCCUCCCUUUACGGAUGGGGUAUUCCAUUCAUUGUCGUGGUUGUCGGACAAAUCCUCCAGCACAGCGAUGUGCCAGACGACAUCAUUAAACCAGGAUUGGCUUCAAAAUUGUACUGCUGGUUUAAUCAUAAAGAUAGAGGACCAUUAAUCGCCUAUUUGUACGCACCGAUGAUGGUCAUGAUUGUUGCCAACGUUUUCAUGUUCGUUUGGGCUGCGUUCAGUGUUUGCCAGCAGAAAAGUGCCGAAUCAUCGCAAACGACUUCUAAAAUCCAAAAAUUCAAAGUGAUCCUGAGUCUCUUCUUGUUGAUGGGCGUUCCAUGGACAACUGAAAUUAUUACUUUCAUGGCGGAUGCCAGUUUUGAAAGUGCCCUGGUCACCGACAUAUUCAACAUCAUCUCGCCACUUUUCAUUUUCAUCAUUUUAGUCUGUAGGCCGAGCGUGUGGAAGAUGAUCAAACUCAAAUUCCCGUGUUUGAACCCCUUCAUCACUGCGUGUGAAAAAAUAGUUUCACGUAUUAUCCCCAUGAAAAUUAACCGCCAUCAACCUGCUAGUGCUAAAGAAAGACUCUGCAAUUCAAACACGAAUGAUAUCAAUAAUAGUUACAAAACUUCCCAGCAAAAUCUAACGUCCGAAUCGACGGACCCGAAACAAAUUAUGGAAUUACCUAGCUUUUCUGACGUGGUUGUAAAAUAACUUAUUAAAAAAAAGCUUCUUUUCUAUGGAACGCCGUUUGUUAUGGAACGCCCUUAGUGCCACUUUUAAAAAAUAUAACGAAACGUUGUUUUUUAUAUUAUAAUACCAAUUAUAUUGAAAUCAAUUUUUUUAUUAUAUUGAUAUUCUUUAAUUACGAAUUGAUUGAACGAUACCUUUUGUGGGCUCCCAUAAGUAUAAUAAUACAAAAGACGAAAAUUUUGUUUUGAAA